AUGAGCAAUGUUGAUGAUACGUUAAUCAAAUGCCAGAACUGCAAAUUGCCACUAAAGAUAGAUAGCUCCCUUUUGGACCUCAGUUUGGCCCAAAAAGAUCUUCUGGUGAGUUCGACUAAUGAUUACGCUGCUGGAAAGUACAAAAUACCUCAAGACAGGCUCCAAAGAUUGAACAAAAUAGUUUAUCCGAAGGAUUUGAAGAUACCCAAAUCAGAAUUGGACUCCUAUGUGUUUCUACAGGACGAUUCGAAGCGCAAUGGCGCAUUAAAUGAUAGCUCAGUUGAGACUUCAACACAAACUCUUAUAACCCGAAGAGAUGAUGAUUCUGGUGAUGAACAAUUAGACGAUGACGUUCACGGGUACUCUUCAACUAACACUCGAACACUUUCCACUCAGGUUAGCGCGCUUGCUAAUGUUUUUAAUAUACUGUCCUCGAAGAGCAAUAUAGAUUAUCCUGUUUGCCAGGAUUGCUGCAAUAUUCUGAUACAAAGGUUGCAAAGCGAGCAUGAUGAUGCAAUACGGGAAAGGGAUACUUAUACCCAGUUUCUUUCAAGAAUUGAGCAACAGAGGAAAGUGCCGCAAAGCGGUCCAACUCAAGUCACCAAUGAUGAGGGCAGCAAGCUUAAAGCUGAGAGAGAGACACUAUUUCAGAAUUUGUUGAAAUUGGAAAAGCAAGAUGAGGACCUCGAUGAGCAGAUCGCUGAACUAGAGAAACAACUGGAGGCCAAGAGGCAACUCGAGAAAGAAGAGCUCGAAAAGGAAAAUAUGCGUGAAUUGGAACGAAUCGAAUUCUCUAAAGAAGUCCAUUCACUGAAGAAACAGUACGAGUUGGCGCUCAAUAAUCUGGACAAACUGAGAAAAGUCAAUAUAUACAACGAGACUUUCAAGAUUUCCCAUGAAGGGCCAUUUGGUAUAAUUAAUGGUCUGAGAAUUGGUGGUUUCGAUGGUGUUAAAGUAUCUUGGCAAGAGAUAAACGCAGGCCUGGGUCAGAUAGUGUUUUUAUUUGCGACUAUCACGACGGCCCUGAAGAUUAGAAUGGACGGUUAUAAACUUCAACCGAUGGGUUCUUACUCUAAAAUAUCUAAAUUCAGUGAUGAAACACAAGAGUGGGAGACCUAUGAAGCCUAUAGCUCGGAGGGAUUUAAGUUGGGAAAGUUGUUUCGUAAGGAAACUAGUCUAGAUAAAGCCAUGGAGUCCCUGCUUGACGUUAUACAAAUAAUGGCAACUUGGUUAGCACGCACAUCAUCUGAGACCCGCGAAGAGGGCUCAAACAAUGCUAAUUCUGCACAGAGUGGAGGUGAUGACGGUUUUGAUAUUGAGUUGCCCUACAUUAUGCAUAAGGAUCAGAUAAACGGAGUAUCAAUCAAGUUAUUUGGGGGUAAGCCAACGAUAGAAUGGACUACUGCGAUGAAAUGCUUACUAACAAAUGCAAAAUGGUUGUUGGCUUUUUCAUCAAGCCGACUUGCCCAGACAUCGUCCAAGUGA